CUCGUGUCGCGCGACACUGACCGAGGUAGCGAGUCGUGCGGGUUGUGCCUCAGUCUCGCGCCGUAUCUCGCAUUGUAAAUCUCGUUCACUCGUUACCUUCAAUUAUCGUGUUUGUGUUGUUCCGAAGCUCUAUUCAAAUAUCAACAAUAGAUUGAAACAACUGACAUCCCCCUAACGUCAAAAGAGACUUUUCAGUCAUGGGUGGUUUCGCUUGGGUUACGUUGGCGACAAACGACUCGUACUCUCUGGGCGCUCUCGUUUUGGCACAUUCAUUACGACGUGUCGGAACGAAACAUGAUCUCGCCGUUUUGGUCACUCCCGGCGUGACCGGUGCCAUGAGAGAGAAACUGUCCUCCGUGUUCUCGCUGGUCCAAGAGGUCAACGUUCUCGACUCGAAGGACGAAACUAAUCUCGCCCUUUUGGCAAGACCCGAACUCGGAAUCACAUUCACCAAGCUACACUGUUGGAGACUCACUCAAUAUGAAAAAUGCGUUUUCGUCGACGCCGAUACUCUGGUGAUAAGAAACUGCGACGAGUUGUUCGAGCGUGAGGAACUUUCGGCAGCACCCGAUGUCGGUUGGCCCGACUGCUUCAAUUCCGGUGUAUUCGUUUUCAAACCGUCUCAAGAAACAUUUGCCUCGUUAACAUCGUUUGCCGCUGCAAAAGGCUCCUUCGACGGUGGCGAUCAAGGCCUCCUCAAUCAAUACUUCAGCGACUGGGCUCACAAAGACAUAUCGAAGCAUCUCCCCUUCAUCUACAACAUGUGCUCCACUGCCACUUAUUCCUACUUACCUGCUUUCAAACAGUUCGGGGACGACGUGAGGAUUAUUCAUUUUAUUGGAAUAACGAAACCGUGGCUCCAGUACUUCGACACUGUCACGAGCCAGGUCCAGCCUGCUCCGGGCUCGCAUCAUUUGCUGCCGUUGCUCCAAUUGUGGUGGAACAUCUUUUGCGAUAGCGUUCAUCCCCAAUUGUCUCCAGUUAUGCUAAGCAAUGAACAAAGGGAUUCUAAUUCGUCUUAUCGUGAGGCCAGCAGCACUUUGGCACAACAUUGGCACGAACACAAAUCUCCUUCCGUCCGAUCACACUAUCCCAUGACAACGUCUGACUGCGAUACGGCGAUAAUUGCAGACGAGAAAAUCCAAAACGCCGUGCCCGAUUUUUCCGAAUUUCGUGAUCCUUGGAACAAUUACCAUUCCGCUGAUGAAUCGGCCGCCAAGUUUACAAAUAACAAUGAUCGUGUUGACUACGAGAAUGAUCAAGAAAAUGUAGAAAAUUUUUCACAACCCUCAGACUCUGGUCAAUUCAUAGUAGAAACUUCAAACAUUUUGCCGAGUCAUGAUUUCAGAUCGAAUUUUCGUCAGGAAAAUCAUCAAAAUUCAGCAGUAUUAGAACGUUUCGAGAAUCGAGUGAUUCAAGAUAAUGUAACUCGUCAUACCCCGCAAAAUCAUUAUUUUCACAACUGUGAGAAGAACGACGAAUUGCGAGUAGAAGAAUGUCACACUUUCGAUGAUAAAUUCUGUCGAGAACGCGAUAUCGAGAAAGAAAACGAUGCCGAAAGUUGUAAAAACCUAAACGACAGCUCAACGAGCAGAGAGAGUUGCGACGUGGCUAAUUUGUCGGAAAGUCGUGAAACGUUGAAUCUAGGCGAAGCACAUCCCCCCAAUGUUCAUCGUUUCCACUUUUAUAUUGACGAGAAUCAGCCAGAAUCAGAAAAAAAAAAUCAUUUUUGCCGUGAUAGACCGAGCGAAAACGAAUGCACAGAAGUUACGAGACAAGAACGACGUGUUAGUGACACUGACACUGAGCAAGCCGACUCUGACCCCAGUCCUUCCUGUCCCACCUACGCCCUGCCCUGUACAAAGCCCAAUAACGUAACAACGCAAUCAGAAUCGAACAAUUCGAGCCAACUCGAAAGUAACGAUGCUGGAAUCGCAGGAGCACUGGCGAAAAUAACGCUCGGAGAAGCGAGGAGUCCCGAACAAGUAGCGUUCGAAGAGCACAUGAGAAAACAAAGCUGGGAGCAGGGACAAAUCGAUUACAUGGGACGUGACAGCUUCGCUAAUAUAUGGAAAAAGAUCAGCGAGACUCUGAGCGCCCAACCGGAAAGGGAACCUUCGCCGCCCAAAGCUGUCCCGAAGUCUGAAAAGGCCGAAAUCGAAGGAGAGACCUCUGCGGUUUCUCGCGGAGAAGAAACUGCGCCAACAAAAAAUGAAGCCGGUACGUGCCCACAAUUUCCAUUUGUACGAGCACAGCCGUUUUCUUGUCUACGGUUUGAGCAGAGGAGAGCAACUAACAGACGCCAUAGCAUUGCCGCGUCUUGUAAUGUCGUUUUGCUUGACUGGGCUGUGCUAGCGGAACUCGAACGAACAUACGAAAAAGAUGAUCUGCUCGGUGAGAUUGCUCGUGAGUUGAAAGAAUUAGUAUCGCCAUUGACGGAUUCGAUGAGAGAAGGAACGAGCGAGUCAACGAUUUUGACGGAAGCGCCACCGAGUGAGGCGGCCGCAGCAGCGGCAUCCUCGCCAUUAGCACCAUUACCCGAAAUAUUAUCGACAGCCGAGGCGAUCGAAUCGAUUGCGGCGCCAUCUUGCACGCUCGAAAUUCCCGAAGGUUCUUCAUUUGACUGUAAAUUCGUCGGAGAAGGAAAUUUGUCCCAGGCGCCGUCCGGUGGUCUUGAAAACCCGGAGAAAGUCGACGAGAGCAGAGAAAAGACUGCCAAUAUCGAGAUUCUAUCGGAAAGCCAAGUUCCGAUCCAAGUAGCUGAAUCUGUGCUUGAGGCCGAUGUCGAGGAGUCGGUCAGCGAGGAUCUCAAACCUGUCACCGAAGAAGCCUUCUCGUCGAUCUCUCAAACUGCCCAAGAGUCCGUUCCCGCCGUACUAGAGACCGCAAUGGAAGCCGUCGAUUCGAUCGCCCCAAGGUCAAAUGGAUCUGUGAACUUGGCUUCGGAAAUUGGCAACGGAAUUGACGCCCUUUGUACUCCGGCGAACCGCUUAGCUUCCGCUACGAUGGCCGUCGUUGAAAGAGCUUCUGACCUUUACCAACCCGUACAAUCUCAGGAUUCAACGAGUCCAAUUAUUUUACCGGCUGAGCCUACCAACGCCGGAGAAAAUGUGCCUUCUCAAAUUGCUCAACCGACCUCAAGUUUACCCCAAUCGACUCAACUCCUCGAGAAACCCAAUGAUGAUCCUGCGGAAUCGAUUGAACGGGCUGAAACUCUCCGAGAUCUGAGCGUCCUCGCACAAGCAACGGAAGUAUCUGCCAAACGUCUAACGGGAGAUCAAGUAUCUACCGAGGCACCUGUGGACUCUACAAUGUCCUCGGCAACUCCACAAACUGCAUCAAUUCCUACGGAAAAAUACGAAGAAUCUCCCGAGUCCUUAUCAUCCGCUGGAUCGUCGAUCGAAGCAGCAAAAGUAGCCAAACCAUCAUCGAAAACGGAGGAAUCCGAAGUUUUUACGAGCUCAAAAGUCGACGAACCCAAAUCACCCGAAUUGGCACCGACAAAAAUCGACUCCACUACCUGCCCAAUGAAAUCGGCGAAAAAGAUGCAAGAGUUUUCAGAGAAAGCCGAGAAAUCGGAGAUUCCUAAGGACUCACGAGCUCCGAGCUCGCCGUCGGUCCCUGAACAAAGUCUCUCGGAUUCGACUGACAAAGAAGUUUCUCAGAAACCGCCCGAAAAAGAGGAAGGAAAAUUGAAAAAAUCAAUAAGAAAAGAAGAUCGAAAAGUACCCGAUGACAAAAAGGAUUCUGUCUCGGCGGCAGAGGAGCUUACCGAAAAAUCAACCAGCAAGAAGUCCACUAAAGAACCAACUGCCAAAAAAGUAGUCAAAUCAUUAGUGGAUAAAGAUGUACUGAAGGUGACAAUCGUCAAAAAAGAAAUACCCGAAGACACGGCCGAAAAAGAAGUGCGCGAAGAAGAGACGGUUGAAAAGUCCGAUGAGAAAAAAUCGAUCGAGUCCUCGACGGACGAGUCUUCGCCCGUCCGACCGGCGAGAACGAAGGAGUUGCAGAUCCCAGACACACCGACGAUAAUCGAGGCAACGCCGCCCACUUCCCCGCCGAUUGGUGGCGCCGAGAGUCUUGAAGAGCAGCAACAGCAACAGCAAGCGAGCAAGGUCACGAAGAAGACGGUGAAAAAAGUUGUGAAAAAAACAAGCGAAGCUAAACCGGCGGAUGGUAACGAGGCCGAGACGGAGGGCAAAAAGGUCACGAAGAAGAUAGUCAAAAAAGUCGUCAAGAAAAAGGACGAAGACGGUAAUUCACCUGCCGAUGCUACGGGGGUCACUGAAAAACCCAAAAAAAUAGUCAAAGUCGUGAAAAAAACAACAACGACGAAAACUGCCUCCCAAAUGCUGGACGCCGAAGCCCCCGUGCCGGAAACGCCGCCGCCCGGUACACCGGACGUUCCGGUACCACCCAAACGGAAAAUUAAAACUACCACCAAAACGAGCGUUUUCAAGUCCGAUUCCGAGCAAUAAGUCCCUCGAAACCAAUCACGUUUCGAUCGUUUCCUUGAUUAUUUUUUCAAUUUUAUCUAAAAUUAUUUGAUUUUCAUUGUUUUCGCGAGGAAUUUUCGCACAAUUUGAACCUCGGGAAUGGCGAUCCCCAAAUAUCGUUGAUUGAUUAUUUCUUACUUUUGCCGAAUUGUUACGUGUUUUUCGGCAAGUUUUUGCAACAAAAAAAAACUAUACAAUUAAGAAAAUUAUCUGUUUGUUUAUCCAAUUUAUUUAUACACUAAUAUAUAUACAGAUGUACGUUUAUACCGCGUUUUUAUUGUUGAAAUGAGAGAAUUUUCUCAAUUAACUUUUAAGCUCGUGUUAUAGCAGCUUGAUUCGUUUAUUUUUGGCUCUUCGUCGUCACCUACUCGAACCUUACCUAAUUAUCAUGUAAUGAAUAUAUUUUGUAUAGAUAAGCUACUUUGUACGGAUAAUUUUUACAGUUAUCAUUGUUUUUAUUAUGCCAACGUUUUUCCCUAGUCUACAGUUUCGUUCGUGUCCUCUUCCCUUUUUUCAUCGAUUUACGUUGUAUUGCAUUAUGGAUUUAUUUUUUAUUAAUUAUUCAUCAUUAUUAUUGAUAGUGUUGUCAUUUAUGGUCAGAGAUAAAUAAAUUUUCCGCAACAUCCAUCAACUGA